AUGGGAUUGUCACUACAUAAUACAUAUUGUUGGACCGACUCCACAGUUACUCUAACUUGGAUUCAGGGAGAAUCUUCACAAUGGAAAACGUAUGUAGCUAACCGAGUCACACAGAUCAAUGAAGCUGUCAAGCAACAAAACUGGUCUCAUGUAAGUACCAGCCUCAACCCAGCUGAUCCUCUAUCUCGUGGAGUAUCAGCCACUGAGUUAUUGAACUUGAGCUUGUGGUGGUCAGGACCAGAGUUCUUGCAAAAACGCUUAAUCAAUAAUAGAUGUAAAGAAGAAUUUCAGCCACCAGAUGACAACACACUAGAAAAAAGACCACUAAAAUUCACUCUUACUACUACAAUAAACCAAUUUAGUCUGUCUAAUCUAAUUUCUAAUUGGAAUAAACUAUUGCGCAUAUCUGCUAUAUGGUUAAGAUUUAUUUCAURGCUCCGGUGGCGACAAAACAGUCAGAAUGUGAAACYAACUCUAGGGCCCAUCAAAGUAACUGAACUGCAAGUAGUGAAGUGGCGCUGGAUACAGUUUGUGCAGAACCAGGAAUUUGCUGCCGAGAUCAAAGUUCUAUCUAGUGGUGGUCUGAUAACCAAAGGUCCAUUAAAAUGUUUAUCUCCAUUUAURAAGGAUGGUGUCCUACGCGUAGGUGGCCGACUGCAGCAUUCAGAUGAACCAUUUGGACGCAAACAUCCUGCAGUACUACCAGCCAACAACAAUAUCACAAAUAUGAUAUUUCAAGCACGUCACUUACGCCUCCUACACAUAGGCCCUCAAGGACUCCUAGCAAACAUAAGAARUKAAUUUUGGCCUCUCCGUGGUAGAGACAACGCCAGAAGGAUUGUUCACUUAURUCARAAAUGUUUCAGAGCCCGACCAACUCCACUACUACAGCCAAUGGGCCAACUCCCAAAGCAAAGGGUCACGCCAAGCAAACCGUUUUCUAUCACCGGAGUGGACUUUGCAGGACCUAUCCAAGUCAAAACAGGUCUGAAGAAGAUUGWACUAGUAAAAGCAUACAUAGCAGUAUUUGUAUGCAUGGCAACAAAGGCUGUUCAUCUCGAGCUUGUGAGCAGUCUGACCAGUGAAGCGUUUCUAGCAGCCCUACGCCGGUUCACUUCUAGGCGUGGUCUACCCACCCAAAUUUGGUCUGACAACGGUACUAAUUUUGUUGGUGCUCGCAAGGAACUUAAGUGUUACUUAGCAAGCACACCCAACACUAAAUCAGUAGCUGAAAUACUAGUGGACGACGGCAUACAAUGGGUAUUCAUUCCACCCAAAGCCCCGCAUUUUGGCGGGCUUUGGGAGUCAGCAAUGAAGUCCUGCAAACAUCACUUAUACCGUGCUAUGAACUCUUCUCACUUCAACUUCGAAGAACUUACCACACUGUUGACACAAGUGGAAGCAUGCCUCAACUCAAGGCCUUUAACUGCCUUAUCUUCAGACCCUGGAGAUCAUCAACCCYUCACACCUGGUCACUUUUUAGUAGGGGCUCCAUUACUAGCACUGCCAGAUAAUGAUGUCACAGAGAUUYCAUCAAAUCGACUAAAACGGUGGAAAUUAGUACAGAAAGCGUUCCAACUGUUCUGGAAACGCUGGAGAGAAGAAUACUUGUCUUCACUGCAAGGCAAGAGUAAGUGGAUACAAUUACCCUCCCAGAUCGAAAUUGGUACUCUAGCUGUGCUGGAGGAAGACAAUUCUCCUCCACUCUCUUGGAGACUUGUCAGAGUCAUAGCAACACAUCCAGGACAAGACGGAGUAGUCAGGGUUGUCACCUUACGGACACCAAGCGGCACUGAAAUAACCAGACCAGUUGUGAAAAUCUGUCCUUUACCAGCCUCAAUUUGA